AACAAGCAGUGAAUUAGAAGCUACCUACGCUCUCGCUAUGGGAAACGAAAUACCUUGUUAAGAAGCAAAUCUACUACGACUAUGAGUGAUCAAUUAGUAAUGAAGAUUGAGUCGAAACUAAGCCGGCGGCUACGGUUACGAUGCUAAUGACAACGAGUCAAAAAUAACCCGCGCAAAUAAGACCCACUCAGAACAAGGCAGCUUUUUCUACAUAAUGUAACAAAUAAGCACGCGCUAUAGCAAACUAUCAGCUCGUAAAUGGUACCCUACGGACUCAAUGGAGGCGAGUCCUCGAAUUUUUUGAAGACGCACUGUGAUGAGUGAUGUGAUUCUAGCAACAGGGCCCACACAGUGGACAAAACCAUAAUAUGGCUUUGGCGUUCUUGACAGCCAUAUUAAACACUGCAGUAGGCUCUGUUAAACAUAAUAUCCAGCUACAGUGUGGCAUAAAGUGCCAACUCUCCAGUAUAUGAUUAUACUGAAAACUUUCUUCCUUUCUUGCUGUUUUAACAUAAAGGCAGACGAAGAAAGAUAGCGUAUAAUUUGCCUAAAUGUUAGACCAGCGAUGAUGCUUCUUACGUAGGGUAACGGAGUAGUAACCACCAGGCAUUGGACUAUUUGAAAACGAAGCAUAGGAGGCGUCACUUGAAAUGGAAGACGAGCUUAACCCUGAUCCGAACUGUCUCUGUCAUGGAAAAUAUUGACUUCUUCGAGGACUCGCCUCCAAAGGCUGAUUUCACAGUGGACUUGAGUCAGGUGUUCCGUGAGCUAGAGACUUCAAUCCAGGACACUAUCGAAAUCUCGUCAAUUUCAUCUGAUGAUGAACAGGAUGUACCCGCAAAUGAGCUGCUCAUCACUGAUUCCCCUAUUAAGUCUUCCGCGGAGGUACAGCCAAAUACAGUGGCACAUGGUUCCGAGUUAGUCAAGUGUCAUCAUAAUCCGUUAUCUCAGGUACUUAUACUGCCUGAUCCAACGGAGUCAAGACGUUGUAUUGAGUGCUUUCGCGUUAGGCUCCUCGAAUUUGACAUCUGUGUUGACUUAUUGAAAGAUCUUAAAGCCUUUAGUUUCCUAGUUGAGUCAACCCCACAGUUCUGCCAACUGCUGGCAAUAUUUACGCCAUACGAAGCAAGAGUCCUUCUUGAGUUACUCGUCAACGGCGACUAUAAUAACAACGGCGCGGGCUCUAGCGUUUCUUCUCCACUGAUCCACACCGCAACACGGUUACUCAAGCAGCUAUUUUCUCUGGGGGCGCCUUGCGUAACGCCUAGUUUAAUUACAACAGUUCUUCGAAACUCAUCCUGCAUAAAACCCGCUAGCCGGACCGAGCUUUUAACAGCCGUCCGUCAGUGGAUAAAGUUGGCUCCUGAAAACGCUAUUGGCGUGCAAAAGGACGCGGCAUGCUUACUUGACGAUGAAUCAUUUGAAGACUUUUCCCGUCCUUGGAUACCUGCCACAGUCAGUGCUUUCGCUGUACUGACAGAUAUCAUUGAGCACUCUAGGACAGAUCGAGCGACCUUAAAGCGAUAUGUUGAUCUAUCCUUAGAUAUACUUGCAAGGGUAAACCUCAGCCAGGUUGACACAUUAAAUUCAUCGAACGUAGGAGGUAUGGCAAUUCGGGGUUUAUCAGUAGUAGCUUCAAGCCAACCCCAAUGUUUAUUCGAGCCUGCUAGUUCGGUUUUAGUGAAGUUAUUCGAAAAACUGCACGCUUUUAGCCAACCUGCUGUAUUCUAUCUGUGUGGAUUACUUACGACGGCAGUUAAGACGUACGGGACGGCGACGCCAAUCGUUGCGCGAACAUCUUUUGAUUGUUUUCUUGGCGAUUCAAUAAAAAACAGCCCACCCCUAGAUGUAUUAAUCACCAUUAUUGACUGUCUGGUAGGUCAUAUUGAAAGAUACCAACUCUGA